AGAUGUUGUUUCACCAUGAUGGCCAGGCUGGUCUCGAACUCCUGGACUCAAGCGAUCUGUUCACUUCAGCCUCCCAAAGUGUUGGGAUUACAGGCGUGAGCCACUGCACCUGGCAAGAAUGAGCAUCUCUGGACAUGUUGAAGAGCAGUUUCCAGCGUUUUCUUCAAUGUCUUGGUUCAAAGCCUUUGACCAUUUCUCGGAGUUUGGCGAUGGGAAGGACAGAGGCUGAGGAGAGGGGAAAACGUGGGGGAGUGGACUCCCACCCUCCCAGAUCCUGGAGAAGCCUCUGUGCAUUUGACAGCUGUGGACAUGGUGGCACACACAGUUCAGGUGGCACAGUGAGUCAGGGGCUGGCAUAGGUUGGAACCUGGUCCGUCUGACACCAGGUUCAGGAAGCCUUCCAGGACCCUGUCUUUCCCUCUGGACCUUCCUUGACUGCAUGGGACUAUACCAGUUCCUCUUCCCCCUGAGUCGCUGGGUGCAGAGCCAGAGGAACGCCGGCGACCCCAACAGCGCUGCGGAGGGUGCUGGCCGUUGCGGCCCCCGUGUCCAGGUGGGCCAGGACGCAGCCUCUGGGCGCCGUCGCUUUUCCAGCACCACCGAGGCAAAAGCGUGGCAGUAGGACCCAAAAGGUUGCUUGAAUGGGGGGCACCUUGGCAUGGACGCUGCUGUUGCCGCUGCUGCUGCAGGAGUCAGACAGCCAGGAACUGUCAUGCACCAUGCCCUCCACGGAUGUGAACUGGAACACGGAGUUCAGUGCCACGUGCCUGAAUUUCAGUGGCCGUGGCCUGAGCCUGCCCCUCAACCAGUCUCUGCGGGCCAGCAACUUGCUUCUCCUUGACCUGUCUGGGAAUGGCCUGCGAGAGCUUCCAGUGACCUUCUUUGCCCACCUGCAGAAGCUUGAGGUCCUGAACGUGCUACACAACCCGCUAUCCCGUGUGGAUGGGGCGCUGGCUGCCCGCUGUGACCUUGACCUGAGGGCUGACUGCAGCUGUGCCCUGGAGUCCUGGCACGAGGUCCGGCGAGACAACUGCUCUGGCCAGAAGCCUCUGCUCUGCUGGGACACAACCAGCUUCCAGCACAACCUCUCUGCCUUCCUGGAGGUCAGCUGCGCCCCCGGCCUGGCCCCUGCAACCAUUGGGGCAGUGGCAGUCAGCGGGUGCCUGCUUCUCGGACUUGCCAUCGCUGGCCCUGUGCUGGCCUGGAGACUCUGGCGAUGCCGAGUGGCCAGGAGCCGGGACCUGGACAAGCCCUGGCCUGCUCAGGAUAGGCCCAAGCCCAGUUUAGGCUUGCAACCACGGUAUGGCAGCCGGAGCACCCCCAAGCCCCAAGUGGCCACACCACCCCGCCCCUCCACUCCCGACUAUGAGAACAUGUUUGUGGGCCAGCCAGCAGCCGAGCACCAGUGGGCUGAACAAGGGGCUCACCCUUCAGAGGACAAUGACUUUUACAUGAACUACAGGGACAUCGACCUGGCCUCCCAGCCUGUCUACUGUAACCUGCAGACACUGGGCCAGGCCCCGAUGGAUGAAGAGGAGUACGUGAUCCCUGGGCGCUGAGCCUAAGAUGUCCCAACCUCCACCCAGACCCCCUUCAGUCCCUGCUGGGUGACUCAGGGCAUCCUAACUCCUCCCGGGCCUCAGUUUUCCCAUCUGAAGAAUGCGGACAGGAAAGGAUCCUUGAGGCCCCAGGAACCUCUGCCGCUCCCCCCCUCCCUGUCCCCUAUGCCGCUCCUCAGCCCGCUCGGCUCCUAGAGGGAGAAGAGGAGAGACCCCCAACAAGGGGACAGGAGGUCACUGUGUGAAUCCUGUCGUCACCCUCCUGUGGAUGUACAGGCAGUGCUCAAUAAACGCUUUGAGGCUGAUGAGGCUCA